AUGGUUGUCUUUGCGGAUAAAGGCCGCGCCAUGCCAACAGAAUUAGAUGAGACUCUGCUGGAUCCAUUGCCGGUGAGCGAGAAUGGCGGACUUGAAAAAGAACAUACACGUAAUACGCGUGCGUUGAAAUUUGGCGGUGGCUGUGGAUAUAAUCCCUGCGGAGGUGGUGGAGGCGGUGGCGGUUAUCGUCCUGGGUAUGGUGGUGGUUAUCGCCCUGGAUAUGGUGGUGGGGGCGGCUUUCGACCUGGAUAUGGUGGCGGGGGCGGCUUUCGACCUGGAUAUGGAGGCGGGGGCGGUUACCGUCCCGGAUAUGGUGGUGGUGGGGGUUAUCGUCCUGGUUACGGUGGUGGCGGUGGUUUUCGUCCUGGCGGCGGUGGCGGCGGUUGUCCCGGGGGUUGUGGUAAUUCUGGAGCUACUGCCACAGCUUCAGCAUCUAGUCAUGGGUGGGGUAAAUAA